UCCAAUGGAAAUUCGUAUCUGCCUGGUGAACUUUGGAGAAUUUCGAAUCUGAAUUCAUCUUCGAAUUCAGUUACAAGGUAAAUUGGCGUUAACUCUAAAACAGUUCAGGAAGUAUCUAGAGACAUUGGGCGUGGCUUAAAGACCGGAAGCUGACCGAAGUCGACACAAGCGGAAAUACAGCAAUGGCGAAAGCAAGAAGAUUUCUAGUAGCAUCCGGUGACUUUGGUAAUGAAAGAUUGGGUUUUAAAACAAAAGACAAAGUGCCUGAGUUAAUCAGGAAGACCGCACUACGACCAAGUGACCUAAUGUUUAACGACAGCCAGAGGUCAGCCAUAAAGCUCCUUGUCCAGUUGAAACUUCUUCCAUACGUCAGCAACUUAAAGCUAGCCAGGAAAUUCGUUCGCAGUUUGAUCAAGGCCGUGGACUAUGAAGAAUGUCUUGUGAUUGAACUUAACCACCAGGUGGCUAAACUUUUUGAAAAUGACAUCGGCCUGGUAAAGAAAAGAGUCACAGGAUCAAUUAACGCUAAGGAGUAUGACACUACCUCUUAUGCAGACAAGUCAGUCUACUCAAAUUUCAAGCGUCUUAUUUUACUUGACGACAACACCGAACUGAAGUUAGUUUCCCUGCCUAGAGAAAAAAUCUAUAGAUGUGAGAUAGAAGUCGUCGGAAGUCCAAGGCAGAAUGGCGGAGCUCAUCUUAACUCUGACUACGAGGAUGAGGAAAACCCCUACGGCGACGGCGACUACAACGACGAAGGAAACUACGAUGAUGAUGAUGAUGAAGAUGAUGAUGAUGAUGAUGAGCAUGAAUAUGUUAAUUGUCAAUACUUUAAACCUCUGUUGCGUAGAAAUGACAGUCCAGUGAAGUUUGUAGAAGACAAUGCCAAAAUUUUAAUCGAGCAAAGUCAGAUCUGCUCCUCCGAAAGUAAACAUUUGACAUUAAAGGACGCCUGUAAAGUGGACAUUUUAAGACGACACAUCUAUGAAGGAACCAGGAACCAUUAUCAAUGUAAUUCGUUGGAUGCCUUCUACCUGAGACUUUCCCUAUACCAUGUUGGUGAUAGUCUGAACUCCAUAGCAGAACCAAAGCUACAGUGGAACGAGGUAGAUCUGGAACAAGUUUUGCGAGCUAUUGUGACUGGCUUCAAGACAGUUUUCCUGGAACAGUUGCUGGAUCGGUACACGCCUCAGAAAACUGUCGUCAAGGUUCUGAAUAAGGUUGUCUAUGAGGACAAAUCCAAGAAAACUCAAAUCUUUCUCAAGUAUUUAAAAUCAGCUGAUAUAGACAUCCACACAGCUGAUAUAGACAUAAACAAAGAUAACUUUGACAAAAAAGGAUCAAACAAAAUCGGUUGUUAUCUAAAUCUUUUCAUGGAAGCCAUUGAGAAGGAUAAAUUCAAGGCAUCAUUGUAUUACUGGACAAAGCUAAACAACCUGAUCUGCUCAGCCUUGCUUGCACAACAGGUCUUGAAAAAGAAACUAGAGAAGCAGAUUGUUGACAAUGAUAAAGAUAAAAAAGCCAAAUACCAAAAAUAUUUGAGAGCUUAUGAAGACAUUGCAAACAAAGUUUUGGAUUCCUGCUACAAGAAAGAUCGGAAGAGCACUUGGUAUCUCCUGAUCGAAAACAUUUCUCUGUGGAACGAGUCCUGCAUCACUGUAGCAUUCAAAACCGAAAACAAGCAGUUUUUGAAAGAGCGAGCCUGCGCUGAUGUGAACAGUGUCAUCUGGUCCUACUAUCUUGGCCAAACAUUGAAUCUAUCAAAUUUGCGACAUGGCAUCAGAGAAACUCUCCUGUCCCCCAAAGGACGUUGCCGAAUGGAUAUGAUCUCUUAUUUAAUAUUUCUAACGGCCUACAGUGUACUGUUGGUCUCAAAGCUUAACAAGACUACAUUUCAUUGGCUGGAGGGUGUGGUCAUGGGCUAUUUAAUCAUCUUCUUCGUAAAAGAGUUCGACCAGUGUUGCCAGGAGCUUUGCACAAGUCCCAAGCAGUGUCUGACCUACUUUUUCGAUCCUUUCAACAUCUUGGACAACCUGUCCCUCACUAUCGCUUUCACUGCCUGGGCACUCCGUUGGAUGGCCUUCGUCUUUCCCGAAGAGGACAGACUCAUGAUCGCAGCUCGUUACUCCAUGGGGCUCGACUUCAUGCUCUACAUGUUCCGCUUCCUGGAGUUCUUCUAUCAGAACAAGUUCCUUGGGCCGAUUCUAGUGGUCAUCAGAAAUAUGGUGAAUACGUACAUCAACUUCCUCUUGAUUCUAACCAUCUUCCUGGUGACCUACUCCAUAGUCUCCGAGAGUAUACUAUACCCAGAGCAGGAACUCAACGUAGACAUCUUCCAUAAAGUUUUUCACAUUGGAUUCUGGGCCAUGAUGGGAGAUUAUUCUCUGGACAAACUGGAAUCCUCCAAAGAGGAUUGCCAGAUGCCUCAAAAAAAUGAAAGCAAGGAAGCCUGCCCAACUACACACGGGAAAUACUCUAUUUCAAUAUUCCUCGGAGCCUAUGUUCUAUUUAUUCAGAUCCUGAUGUUCAAUUUACUAAUUGCCUUGUUCAACAACGCGAUCUCAGAGAAUGAUAUUAAAAGGGACAUGAUCUGGAGGUAUCAAAGAUUUCAGCUGACAAAGCAGUAUUCCGGUAGCAAAAUUCUGUUACCUCCCUUCUUGCUAUUGAUCUUCGUCUUGUGCGACAAAUGCAACAAUCCUUUCAAGUCAAAAGAAUCAAAACGAGAAAGUGAAUUGAAAGACUUUGAACGCGGCGCUGUGCAGAAAUUUAUAAAUAGAAUCGCUAAAGGGAGCUUUGGUCGAGAAGUGUCAGAUGACGAUAAAAAAAAUAAAGAUAAAGAGAUAACAAAGAUGGCGGCAAAGAUAGCAGAGAUUCUUCAGAAAAAAAGACAAGAGUCUGCUGAACCUGAGACAGCAGACAAAAAUGACAUGCAGUCAAAGGCAUCAGGAGGGUACAGCUUGGCACACAGACUUUGAUUGGAAGUUGGAAGAUGAAUCCCCAUUUAAUGGCAAGACUUCAAAAAAAGAAGAUAUUUCAGCACAAAUCUUUGAGGCCAUUAAAACUGUAAAAUUAAAUGAACUAAUUAUGUCUUGUUUAUUUACUGUAUUUUUAUAACGCCAAAGGUUUCAAACUCGCUCCCUAUAGAGUUUAGACAAACUACAUGCUUCACAUUCAAGAGGAAUUUUGAGAAACUAUUUGCAUUAGUUUGCUUGUUUACCUCAUGUAUUGUUCUUAUAUGUUUAUGGUUAUAUUUUCUUAUUUUUGUUAAUAUCGCCUUAUAUGUGAAGAUAUUACUUUUUUUUUUAUUACUAUUAUAAAUCUCGUUGUUAUCGUUAUUAUAAAUAUGAUUAUUAUUUUUAUUAUAAACAUGAUUAUUAUCAUUAUUAUAAAUAUGAUUUUUAUUAUUAUUAUAAAUAUGAUUAUUUUUGGCUUGACCCAUUGACGAGCUAUGACUAUAUCAUUAAUUAAUUUAUCUUUCGACUGUUGAUAUUGGAACCACAGAAGCAGUAUUUAAUAAGAUUACAUUGAUAGACAUGUUACAGCCAUGACAUUAAUGAGAGACAUGUAUUUUGUGUUUACUAAGAUUUAACAUUACAGCCCAGUUCACACGUUACAUUAGUGAUAUUCAUGCGCCCAUACGAAUCCAUUAUGGGAACAUUGUGAUAAAUAUGAGAUUCGAAGUAAUACAAAGAUAUAUAAAAUUGUCUGAGAAAGUAUUUUAAGUUAGAUAUCUCCACUGUAGUAGUUCAGACAGAAAUAUACUCCCAUAACAGUAUAAAGUCUACCAAGCGAAUUCAGUGGCGAAAAUCUAACAUUAUAAGUAAAGAAAAUUGGUCUGCAUAUUGCUAUCCUUUAAAAAUUUUACUUGGCCAUUAUAAUAUUUAUUAUUCUUUUUUUUUAUUAUUUUUGAAACUGUUCAAAUUCGUAUGAGCUUUUCAGAAGCUUAGAUCUAGAAAGAUCUACAUUGUAAUAUAGAUUUCUGGAGCUCAAUAAAUAUCAUGAGUAUUUCGUUCACAAUUUCUAAUACUUAGUUCGAAACGUUAUUAAAUUACAUUUAUAAUCUGUGCAUGAUUUUGUUAACAAUAGUAUUUCGUUUUACAAAGCUUGUAUUAACUCACUCUGUCUGUCUGUCUGUCUGGUAAAAAGGCUGUACACGCUAUUUCUCCCACACCCAUUCUCUGAUCAAGUUGAAACCUUAAACUAUCAUCUAUUGAACAUAACAAAACUUGAAGCAAUUAAGAAAAUAACUAAUUAGUCAAUUAAUUAUUGGUGAUAAAUUAUUUUGUUUUAUAUCGAAUAAGGGAAAUAGCUUCUACAUUGAGAGAUAGAGUUGUAAGUGUGGAGUAUUUUCCUUUCAAUAAGUUUUUUUUUUAAAGGAUUUUUAAUAUAUUUUGCUUGUUAAUAUUAUAAUUAAGACUUCGUGAUUUAAAUGUUAAAUUCUGUUAGUAAUGCCCAUUUUGGUUACUUGCACACAAGCUUGUUAAUCGCUUUAUGAUCCAAAAUAUACUUUAGUUUUGAACAUCAAAAAUUAUGUUGUUUUCAAAGUGUCUAGAAGUUGUAACGCUUUAUUGUGUGACUAUUGUGUUAGUAAGUUUGCUUGUUUUGACUGACUAUUGUCUGUCACUGUGUAUUGACAAACUGAUUGACCUUUUUAUUGAUUUUUUUUUUUAAAUAAGUGGAACUUCUGAUCAAAUGUUUUAUGUAAAAGGGUAGCACUUGACAGUAGAAGGGCCGAAAGUGCUAGAUUUACCUUCAGAUAGAAUAUUAAUCGCGGCGGGGCUGAGUGGUUAAGCUCUUGACUUCAGAACGCUCGGAACUGGUAUUAGUGUAUGACCAAAGGUUUGGAACUCACUCCCCAUUGAUCUCAGACAGACAACAUGCUACACCACUUUUAAGAAGAACAUUAAGACCUACUUGUUUAAAACUUUUUUUAGAUUAGUUUUUGAUAUUCAUUGUCGUGUUUGUGUUUGUAAUGUUAUUACAGCGCCUUGAGCCUACAUUGUGUUUGUUAACAGCGCUUUAUAAAUAAAAUUGCCAUUAUUAUUAAAGUACUUUGCUUCAAACGUGUAACAGACUGAU